AUGGGCUCGAUCGGAACAAUCUAUACCUACCCAUACAAUCCCCGGGUGAUGAAGGUCCAAGCAGCCGCAGCCCUAAAUGGCCGCACGGUGAGCAUCGCCCCCAACUUCAUCAUGACCGAAACCAACCGAUCCCCCGAAUUUCUACACGAUUUCCCCCUCGGCAAAGUCCCAGCCUUCAGGAGCGUCACUGGAAUCCAGCUCUUCGAAUCUGACGCCAUCGCCCAAUACGCCGCCGAAAUGGGGCCCAUGAGCACUCAGCUUCUCGGCUCCAGUGCAGACGAGCGCGCUCUAAUCCGCCAAUGGAUUGGAUUCGCCGACCACGAGCUCUUCGAGCCAUUGCAGAGUAUGGUUCUCUGGCGGUACGGGAUGGGCCCGUAUAAUGAAGGUGUUGAAGCAACUUCGCUGCGCCGGCUGGAAGUCUCGCUUGAUGUUUUGGAGCGCCACCUCCGUGGCCGGGAAUACUUGGUGUCGAGCCUCCUGAGUCUGGCAGACCUUUCCGUUGCAGCUGCCAUGGUUUGGGGGUUUGGACAGGUUGUGGAUAAGGAGAUGCGUGGGAGAUAUCCUGUCACUGUGCAAUGGUACCUCCGUGUUAUUGAACAGGAUAAGGUGAAGCAGGUCUUUGGGGAGCCGAAAAUGAUCGAGGUGCGCGUUUCUCCGCCAGGAGGGAGCGCAUAG